CCACUCUCCAUCUUCCUUGUGAUGGAAGAAGAAGACCCAUUCCAUCCUCUCCUCCGUUCUCCGCUCAACGCUUCCCCUUGGGACACCCAGCACCGCCGGUCCCGCCACCGCUGCUCGCCACUCUAAGCUCCGACUCGGCCUCAACUCCGCCAAUAACCGAUCGGAUCACCCGUCUGCUCAUCUCUCUCCGCCACUCAAGCUCGCCGGAGCUCGAGGUCCAGCCGCACUGAUUCUCUCUUCUCCCAUGUAUAACACUGCAGGUCUGCAGCAAGGGGUUCCUCAUCCGCAGGCUGCUGCUCAGCCUAAUCCAUUUGGAAAUGCGUUCUAUGGAGCUAGUUCAGGACUUAUAAAAGGUGGUCUUGGAGCAUAUGGAGAGAAAAUUUUGGGUUCUAGCUCUGAAUACGUGCAAAGCAAUAUAAGCAGAUACUUCUCCGAUCCUCAGUAUUAUUUCCAAGUGAAUGAUCAAUACGUGAGGAACAAAUUGAAGGUGGUUUUAUUUCCAUUCCUUCACAGGGGUCACUGGACAAGGAUAACGGAGCCUGUUGGGGGCAGGCUUUCUUAUAAACCCCCAAUUUACGACAUCAAUGCCCCUGACUUGUACAUCCCGUUUAUGGCAUUCGGCACCUAUGUUGUUCUUGCUGGCUUCUCUUUGGGGCUUCAGGGGAAGUUCAGCCCCGAAGCUCUCAACUGGCUAUUUGCGAAGGGACUGCUGGGGUGGUUCUUACAAGUGGCUCUCCUCAAGGUGACUCUCCUCUCGCUUGGGAGUGGGGAGGCUCCCUUACUGGACAUCGUGGCCUACGCAGGCUACACCUUCACAGGCCUGGCCAUCGCGGUACUGGGGAAAAUCCUAAUCAGGUACAUGUACUAUGUCCUGAUGCCGUGGACCUGCCUGUGCAUGGGGAUCUUCCUUGUGAAGACCAUGAAGAGGGUCCUGUUCGCUGAGGUGAGGAGCUACGACUCAAGCAGGCACCAUUACCUCCUAUUGUUCAUUGCUCUUGCCCAGUUCCCGAUCUUCUCGUGGCUGGGCAACAUUACUGUCAAUUGGCUCUUUUGAUGCUGUUGGUUGCAACCAGUGAUAUUUAGUACUGGUGAAUGAGACCUGUUAUGUAGCAAAAUUUUGUGGUACAUAAGCUUAUGCACUUUCGAUUGCCCUCCCAUUUUAUGGUAUUAUAGAUAGAUAUCCAACCAUAAACUUUAGAUUUGAAGAUAUGACCGCCUACUGCUAUGCAGAUCGAGCUAAUUUGCAGCCAUGCGUCUCCUUCCAUGCAUACUUGGAUCGCGAAUUGAAACUUGGCUGUGAUAUAAAACCGAGCAAUGUGCAUGUUUCGUCUUUUAGCCUUCCUA